ACGUCAGCGGGGAGCCCAGGGUGAAUGGUGAAGGGGACGAGUGGGGAACAGCUGGCAAGCCGGGAGCGAGUGAAGGGGAAAACAGAGCCUCGAGGUGACAGACGGGACGAGGUUGAGAAGAGUCCCGGAGAGAUGAAACCAAAUGCUACGAGAUGGGGACGGACGACCUGAGGCUCCGUGCAAUGAUCCCGGGCAGAUUUCUUGACGUGGAUAGCAGAGCUAAGGCACAACUUCCAGAUCUUGGCGGGAGCUCGACGUUAGUCUGCUUAGUGCCGGGCAUGUCAGUGCAAGGUGGGAUGUACAGUAGCCUGGUAACAAUCUCUAUAGCUCUCUCUUGUACACUUCUUCCACAGGUGGCUUCUUCUAUCACUGUAGCGUGCGCGGUAGCGACUGUUUUCAGGGUCACAGCUGGUCAAAUCAACGUUAAUUUCAACGUCGUCGCUCCAAAUUUCCACUCUAAGGACUGCCUGCAGCCGGACAUGCCACGAGCACGGCGGACAGCAGCUCCCGCAGCCGCUCGGCAAAGCUGUCUGUACCCAUCUGAAACACUCUACGCCCUCUCAUUGAGGGUUCCACGCGUCUGCUGGAGGCUCUCGCGUGUGCUCCGCCUCGGCCGUGCCACGAUGUGCCCCAUGACGAUAUUGAACGAUGCGGCGUGUACUCGUGAACAGUUGCAUCCGAGUUGUGCUGUUGCUGCUCGCCGUGCCGCACUCUGCCAUGGGUGACUACUGCGCUUCAGACCGCGCGACACGCUCUGAUCCUUAUACAAUGGGUCUGCAGUGCUCACGGCGAGAGUCAGGCGCUCUUAAGUCCGCCUCUAUCGCCGCCGACAUUCUACCAUCUGCUAUAGCCAUGUCGUUACUAGUCGCCCCUUGCAGCGUACCCCAAAUCUGUGCCUAAAAUACCAGUACAAGACAUGUUGCACAUCGCAGUGGCCCCUUCCGCCCAUCCCGCUUUCACUGGCUGUCCGGGUACCCCUGGCGAUCUUCCGUACCACGUGACUGCAGCCUAUCGCCGUCUCGUACCGCCGAACAA